AUGUCGUCGCAAGCACACCCAGGCCACCGCGCCGCCGGCGGCCCGCGCAACCCCCGCUGCGCUGCCGGCGAGCGGGAACCCCAGGCCGCCGCGUCGCAGCCAGGGGCAGAGGAGCUGCAGCGGGCGCUGAAACUGGCGAUCCAGUCCGAAGACUAUGUGGAGGCGGCGCGGCUCAAGGCUGCGCUGGACGACGUUCUGCUGCAGGACCCCCUGGUGGUGCUGCAGCGGCAGCUGCAGGCGGCGGUGGACGAGGAGCGGUACCAGGUGCACACGGGGCGCGGGCCAGGCGAGGCGGCGACAUCGGGGGCCGUGGGGAGCGACGCCGCGCGGUUGAGGGACCAGCUGCGGGAGCUGCAGGAGAAGCUGCAGCCGCCGAAGCCCGAGGUGGCUGACGUCCCGCCCACCAGCAGCGACGCCGUGACCAGCGGCGUGCGCGUGCGCGUGCAGAGGCACUGGGUGAUCACCGACGGCGACGGCCACACUGACCACGUCCGGGGCCCUGGCGUGGUUGGGGAGCAGCCGGUGCUGAAGCCGGGCAGCAGCUUCCAGUACGAGAGCGCCUGCCCUCUGCGGACGCCCACCGGCAAAAUGGAGGGGGCGUAUCAGAUGGUGAUCAUGGACGAGGCAACGGGCGAGUGGGGGGACACAAUCGACGUCAAGAUUGCCGCCUUUGGGCUCAACAAAGACGACCGCGGCCCGCAACCCUCAUGA